CGGCAUGUGCAUCUGCCACCUGCCGUGUCGCCUGCACAAGCAGUCCCAUGGAAUUGAGCCGGUGAACAGUUCCCCGCCAACUUGUGUCCAAGUCCCAGCCCAGGGGAAGAUGGCUGCGCACUACCACUGCGCCGUGUGCUCCGUGACUAUCAUCCGCAAGACCGACAUGCUCAGCCACCUGCACCGGCACUACAAGCGGGGCGAGACAUACGGCAACUACAGGGAAGCGGUGAGCUCUGGUGCGGGGAGCAUGCUGGCCUCCCCGCCGUGCGGCCAGGUGCUGAGCGAGGCCGACACGAGCGUGCACGUGUUCCCCAAUCACAGCGUUCCGCAGAAGUCCGACUCCUUCUUCAACCCACGCAUGAAGCCCAACCGGCAGCUGGUGUUCUGUGCCCUGGCAGCACUGACGCAGGAGAGGAAGCCCCUGGCGUGCCUCGAUGCGUUUGGAGCCACAGGAAUCAUGGGGCUGCAGUGGGCCAAGCACCUGGGCAGCACGGUGCGCGUCACCAUCAACGACGUGUCGGAGGCGUCUGUGCGAAUGAUGGAGGAGAACUGCCGCCUCAACGGGAUGACGGUGACGGAGUCGUGGCCGGACAGCGAAGAGGGUGGCGAGGAGGUAGAGGGCGAGGGCGAGGCGGAGGACCGGCUGGUGGAGGUGACGCAGUACGAUGCCAACGUGCUCAUGCACCUACGCGCUUUUGACUACAUCCACCUGGACCCAUUUGGCACGGCGGUGGACUACCUGGACGCCGCGUUCCGCAACGUCCGCAACCACGGUAUCGUGUCCAUCACCAGCACGGACCUGAGCUCGCUCUACUGCAAAGUGCCUAACGUGGCCUUGCGCCACUAUCACUGCAACCUGGUGCGCACAGAGUACUACCACGAGCUCGCCGCACGCAUGGUGCUCACGGCCGCCGUCAGGGCGGCCGGUCGCUGCAACAAAGGCGUGGAGGUGCUGCUGGCCGUGGCGCUGGAGCACUUUGUGCUGGUGGUUGUGCGGGUGCUGCGCGGGCCCGGCCACGCGGACGAGUGCGCGCGCCGCCUGCGCCGCCUCGUGCACUGCCAGUGGUGCGAGGAGCGCGUCUUCGCUCCCGACUCGCACAUGCUGAGCGAAAACCCCUACAGUGUGCUGCCCUGCGACUGCCACAGCAGCAUGCCAGGACGCACCGCCAUCGAGCUGGGCCCGAUGUGGUCCGGGAGUCUAUUCAACAGCGGCUUCCUGCGGCGGAUGCUGUUCGAGGCGGUGCAGCACGAGGUCGAGGAUGUGCAGCCCCUGCUCAAGACGCUCGCGGGCGAAGCGGAGUGCACCAACGUCAGGAAGUACGCCCUCACCAACGUGGCCGCCCACACCAGCCAAGAGGAGAGCGGUGUGGUGAUCAGCACGACGUUGUCGGCACGGCCGACUUCCGAAGGCCUCGUCCACUCCUCCACCGACUCCAUGGGUAAGAGACGAUCGGAGGAAGCGGCCGGAGGUGCCGGCAAGAGGCAGCGCGGAGACGGAGGCUUCUCCACUGAACAUCCGCCGUUCUACUACAGCAUCCACCGACACAGCAUCAAGGGCAUGAACAUGCCAAAGCUCAACCACUUUCUGGCCAGCCUGACGGAAGCCGGCUUCCGGGCGAGUCGCACGCACUUCGACCCGACCAGCAUCCGCACGGACGCCACGCUGCCGCAGAUCAACGCCGUGCUGGUGCAGCACAGCCGGCCCACGCACAGCCAGCACGCGCAUGGCCUGCCCGUGCCCCCCGUGCAGCCCGCCAGCAGUUAGCCCGUGCAAGCGAGCGGGGAAAUAGAUGGGCAAGGGUGUUUGGCAAUGCAGCCGGCCGUGCGCAUGAAGCCUGUGCGCAGCCUAGGGAUACACGGAGCAGGUAACGCACACUUGUGCAUGCACAGCGAGCAUGCCGGUAGAGGAUAUGCAGUGCACUCGCAAAGCUGGCGAGCACGCAGCUCGUCAUUUUACACAGAGAGCCAGCGUGCAACUACGUCAAGAGACGCAAGCAAUCACUAUGCAGCUACCGUUUAUAGACAACAACACAGUCGCAGCAUAACCAUACCUGGGUGUGUAGUCACACACAGACAAACGUUAUCCUGUUUAUCCUGUUUAUCCUAUGGGACUAUCGGGGAAAAGUCAUUUUCGUGAUCAUCUCGUUAGGACCAGUAUGGAACAUGAGGAGGAGGGCAUAGCCAGCAGCAACACUGUCGUUUAUUUAUCAAGAAAAACUUGAAAGACUCUUAAGAGAAGACCCCCUUUUAGAAGUGUGUCCCUGCAUUGGGAUAAUUUCAUCAAGCAGUGUUUAAUGCUCCUGGCUAGAGUCACGUCCCCACUGGUGACACUGACAAACACCCGACCACGUACUCAUUCUUUGGACAAGUUAGAGACUCAGGCCAGGAUGAAAUAUCAAUUUCCAGUGGUGUUUUAAUUUGCUAAGAAUUUAACCUGAGUUUCUUAGACUGUAGCUAUUAUGAGGUAUUCGUGUGCUCCCACUCCCAAAACGUGUAACGUCUGUUACACGCGUCCAUUCGCACGAUCAUAACGCGCAACUCUUAACAGCAUCACCGCCUCUGUAACGUUUAUGUUGAUUGGUGCGACUAUUGUAGCAUCGCCGUCUUUAACAAAAUGUGUAGUAUUUAGAGAGAAAAUAAGUCUGGUUCAUUCGGGUAAAUGUAGCGUUUAUUCUGACACAUUGUUGUUUUACAUUGUUUUAGAAAUGCAUCCACACCAAGUAACAGACGCCUUGACAAAUGUGCGUUGCUAACGCGAUCAAUAAUAGUCCAAUACACCUGACCGUGGUGACCCUUAUGUCGGCCUUUGGAAACAAAACUGGAUAGAACGUGAUACAUUGGUUACAUGUAAUUUAUUUUGCACACAAUAUGGGUGAAUUGUUGUUUAAAAAAAAAAUAACAACCACUUUGCAGUGGGUGAUAGUGGUUUCCACAUCUCCCAUUGUGAUUGGAGGAUAUAAAACACGCACACGCUCAUGAUUACAAAUGGGCAGGAGUCGGCAGUGUUUUUGUCCCGACCUUGUCUAUUGCCCCUUCAGUUGGAGAGGGCAGGCGUUGUGGAAAUCCAUCGUGCUGUCAACAUUGAAAUGUUUUUGUACAAAUCUUUGAUGAGACUGCACGUUGACAAUGCACAAUUCACAAAUAUAUUAAGUCAUGUCAGAUUUAGCAGCUGAGCCGGAGUGUUUUUAUGAUUUGACUUUUUGCGCUGGUUGUGUACGUUGUUUUCUACUGACUGAGACGAAUAUGAAUGUAACAAGUUGUUUUGUUUUAAUUUCGGUUGCAAUGUGUUUGAAGCUUGGCACAUUGUAAUGUUAAUGGACAAGCGCUAAACAUAGUAAACUGUUUCCAUGA